AAUUUUCUACUUCCUUCAAUUAAAAUAUACCAUAGCCCAUAUACUACUCUCUCCGUUUUAAAUUUAUUUAACAUGUAUCGAGUUCAAGAAAAUAAACUCCAUAUUAACUUUGCAACUAUGCAUGAUUUUUAAACCUCGUAUUUCCUCUUUAAUGACAAGUGGAGUAUUAAUACUUUAUAGAAUCAUUCAUCUUUCAUUUUCUUUCUAUUUCUUCAUCUGAUAAUUAUCACACCGUGUGUCCUCCCUUUCAGACAUCCAUGGCAUCUUCUUCCUCUUUUGCGAGUAAUUCACAGUACCGUCCUCGAUGGAAGUAUGAUGUGUUUCUAAGUUUUAGAGACUUGUAUGAAGGUUUGAAAAACCGGGGAAUAAACACCUUUCUAGAUGAUAAAAGGAUAGAGGAUGGUGAAUCAAUUCCAGAAGAACUCCCUAAAGCUAUCGAAGAGUCUCAAUUUGCACUCGUUGUUUUCUCAAAGAAUUUUGCUACAUCGAGGUGGUGCUUGAAUGAACUAGUGAAGAUCAUGGAAUGCAAGGAAGAAGAAAAUGGACAAACAGUCAUACCGAUCUUCUAUGAUGUGGAUCCAUCACAUGUUCGAUAUCAAAGUGGAGACUUUAAAAAAUCAUUUGACGAAUAUGUACUGAAGCAUAAGGAUGAUGUUGAGGGGAUGCAGAAGGUGCAACGAUGGAGAACUGCUCUAACUGCUGCUGCAAAUAUAAAAGCACCUGAUAUCCGUGGCAAGAAUGAAUCAGAGAAAGUUCAGCUGAUCGUCGACCAAAUCUCUUCCAAACUAUGCCAGAGGGGUUAUUCUGUAUCUUCUUUGCAAGAUGUUGUGGGAAUAAAUGCUCAUUUAGAGAAACUAAAAUCCCGACUUCAGAUAGAAAUCAAUGAUGUUCGGAUGAUAGGGAUCUGGGGAAUAGGAGGAGUUGGUAAAACGACAAUUGCAAGAGCCAUCUUUGAUACUCUAUCUUAUCGAUUCAAAGCUGCUUGUUUUCUUGCAGAUGUUAAAGAAAAUGGAAAAAAGAAUCAAUUGCAUUCUUUACAAAAUAUCCUUCUAUCUGAACUAUUGAAGAAAAAAGACAAUUACAUCAAUAAUAAGUUAGAUGGGAAGUGUAUGAUUCCAACAAGACUUUGUUCUAUGAAGGUGCUAAUCGUGCUUGAUGACAUAGAUCAUAGUGAUCAUUUGGUGUAUUUAGCCGGUGGUCUUCAUUGGUUUGGUAGUGGCAGCAGAGUUGUGAUAACAACUAGAAAUAGACAAUUGAUAGAGAAUGCUGAUGCAAUAUAUGAAGUAUCUACACUACCCGAUGAUGAAGCUAUGUUGUUGUUCAAUCAACAUGCUUUCAAAAACAAAAUUCCAGAUGAGUGUUUUAAGAUGUUCUCGUUGGAGGUGGUAAAUCAUGCUAAAGGCCUUCCUUUAUCCCUCAAGGUGUGGGGUUCUUUGUUGCAUAGGAAAGACCUAACUCAGUGGAGAAGAAUAGUAGAUAAAAUAAAGGACAAGUCAACAUCAGAAAUUGUUGAGAAACUCAAAAUAAGUUAUGAUGGUUUAGAGCCCGAAGAGAAAAAGAUGUUCCUGGAUAUGGCAUGUUUCUUCAGAGGAUAUCUUAAAACUCAUGUCCGAAGAAUCCUCGACAGCUAUAAUAUUGGAGCUGAAUACGGAUUGGAUGUCCUAAUUGAUAAAUCUCUUGUGUUCAUCUCUGGAGAUGAUAGGCUUGAAAUGCAUGACUUGAUUGAAGAUAUGGGUAGAUAUGUCGUGAAAAAAAUACAGAAAGAUUUGGGAGAACCUAGCAGAAUAUGGGACGUUGAAGAUUUCGAAGAAGUGAUGCUGAACAAUACAGAGACAAAAUCAAUGGAAUCAAUCUGGCUGCAUGAUGACAGCAUUAAAAAACUACGCUUGAGCAAACAAGUCAUGAAAAAUAUGGAAAGGCUUAAAAUAUUACACAUCAACGAAUUUGAUACACAUGAUGCCAUUGAGUACCUGCCCAACAGCUUGUGUUGGAUUGAGAUUUUUGGAUAUCCUUGGGAAUCGUUGCCAGAAGAUUUUGAACCCAAAACACUUGUUCAUCUUGAACUCAGAGAAGGUUUGCUGCGACAUUUAUGGUUUGAAACAAAGCAUUUCCCAUGUCUACGGAGGCUAGAUCUCAGCAGCUCACAAAACCUAAUGCAAACACCAGACUUCAGUGGGAUGCCAAAUUUGGAGCAUUUGGAUUUAGGGAGAUGUAAGAGUCUGAAAGAGGUUCACCAUUCCCUGGGAAAUUGCCGAAAACUCAUCCGCUUAGAUUUGUAUGGUUGUGAAAGCCUUGAGAGGUUUCCACGUGUUAGUGGGGAAUCUCUUGAAUAUCUGAAUCUGGAGGAUUGCUCUAGUUUAGAGAUAUUUCCAGAAGUGAUGGGAAAUGUGAAGCCCUCUUCUAUUCAGUACCUAACUCAUAUGAAAAAGGGAGAGCUCCAUUUGUGUAAUAUGAAAAAUCUUGUAGCUCUUCCAAGCAGCAUUUGUAAGUUGAAAUGUUUGGUGAAGAUGGAUGUGUCGUUUUGCUCAAAAUUUGAAAGCUUGCCGGAAGAGAUAGGUGAUUUAGAAAACUUGGAGGAGCUUGAUGCUAGAUUCACUCUAAUUUCACGACCUCCAUCUUCCAUCGUCCGCUUGAACAAGCUUAAAUUCUUGAGUUUUGGAAAAAACAGAUCAGCAGAACGAGUGUUAUUUGCGUUCCCUCGGGUGAAUGAAGGGUUACGCUCCUUGGAAAUUCUGAAUCUCAGUUACUGCAGUCUGAUAGAUGGAGAACUUCUGGAUGACAUUGGAUGCUUAUCCUCUUUGAAAAAGUUGGAUCUCAGUGGAAAUAAUUUUGAGCAUUUGCCUCGAAGAAUAGCCCAACUUGGUGCUCUUCGAUGCUUGGACUUAUCACAUUGCAAGAGGCUUACACAGCUGCCAGAAUUUCCAGUUCAAUUAGAUACAAUAGAAGCAGACUGGACAAAUUAUUGGAUCUGUAAUUCGCUAUUUCGGAAUCUCUCAUUAUUGCAGCACGACAUCUCUGCUUCAGAUUCCUUGUCGCUUAGAGUGAUUACAGGUUGGCGGUGGCAUGGGAUGCCAAGGUUCCCAUACCAGGGAAUUGAUGGUGUAUCGGUCUAUUUGCCAGAGAAUUGGUACAUACAUGAUAGCUUCUCGGGAUUUGCUGUAUGUUAUCAUGGCAUAUUAACUGACAUCACGGCUCACUUGAUUCCCUUAAAUGAUGAUGGGGUGUCGUGCAUCACACGGAAACUUGUCUUGUCCAACCACUCAAAAUAUUCUCUAGAACGUAAUGGUAUUCAUUUUUUCUUGAUACCUUUUGCUGGUUUAUGGGAUAUUUCUAAGGCAAAUGGAAAAACGCCAAAUGACUAUAGGCACAUCAUGUUAUCUUCCUCUGAAAAAAUUAAGUAUAUAUUUCGUUUGUUGUAUAAGAUGAACUAGGCGUUUAGGCCUUGUUGCAAAUAAAGGAAAAUAAGGAUGAAUAUUGCCUCGGGACAAGGAGGACCAGAUAUGAUGAUAGCAAACACCAUGAUGAAGACAGUCGCUCCUCUUCUAAGAAACAAAGGCCACAUUGCAGCCUUCUUUCUUUUCCCUCUUUGUUUCGCCUAUUGCCAAGAGCUCAUCGAUGGGUGAUUUACAUUUCAUCUUUUCUCCCUUUAUGAUGGAUUAACCAAGGUAAGUUAAAGACUAACAACAAGUUUGACUUGUUUUCUUUUUCUAGUUGGCAGUGAAAUUGUGUUCUCGCCUAUUAGCUGUAUUCUUCUGACUCUUUCUUCUUUCCCCUAUUAAGGAGCUCAUUGAUGGGUGAUUUGCAUAUCGUCAGUGAUUUUUUAGUAGCAGAUGAAUACUUCAAUGCUAUUUCCUUUGUUCUCAUCAUCUGUCAAAUUUCUUGCAAAAACAUUAAGCACUAGACAGUUAAGCAACAAAGUUACUUUGCAUCUCUUUGCUCUCUAGACAAUUAAUGAUUCAAUCUGAUAUUGUGAUCGCUCCAUUUGGAUUAGGAGUAGGCUGUUUUAAAAUCUUAUGGUCUGCUGUCUUGUUGACAUUGAAUUGAUAAAUUAAGGUGUAACAUCCAUAUUUGGAUUACUUGUAAGUGGUUCUAACUAUAUUUUCACUCUCGUUUUGGAUUACUUUUGCUGUGCAAACUGAGCAACUAUUUGUUUGUAUGUUGCAUCAAAAAGCAACCGGAGCAAGGAAGAAGUAUUUCCAGUAGUCAAACGUACCUCUAGUGAUAGAGCAACUAUUCUUCCAUCAGGAUGCAGAGCUCAAAUACUUUCUCCGCCACCACCAAGUUCUACCAAAGUAGCAUACUUCUUUAUUGAUUCCGAUCCACUGUCAAAUCUGCAUGUGGUAGCAAUACGAAGUACAGUU